AUGUUCUCUUCGCUGUCCCACAAACGUCGGCACGAUGACGACGACGAUGUUAUGUCCAUGCAUCACGACAAGAGACUGCGUCACUCUGCUGGACACGAUCAUGGUGUUUUUGGUCAUAACUCUAAUGUCGAAGCUCAAUCUAUACCUGGUGCCAUGGACGAUUCAAUGGCUCCUACCGUUGCUGAAACCGACUCAUCCGAUGACAUGGAUAUGGAUAUGAGAGAUGACUUCCAGAUGGAGUACUCACAGUCUCCUGAACAGCCGUCUUCUUGGAUACUCGAAAAUACCCCGCUCCGGAACCCACGGAUGGCUCUCGAUGAUAGAGGCUCGCGAGUUCCAACACCCAUGGCACUGCUGUCUACACGUCCAAAGCCCUCUCCACUACAAGGUAACACCUCUGUCAGUAGUGCCUACGUCCCAAAUACGUCCAUGCGUGCUCGUUUGGCUGGUCCAAGAGAACGCUUCCCAUCACCCAUCUCUGAAGAUGAACCUCACACACCCACCACUGCUACUGGAAGCCAAUUCUCCCUGUUGACUGUUAAUGACAUGGACAUGGAUGCUGAAACAACCCCUCGACCUCCUCCACAGACACCGGAGAUACACGUCCGCAAGCAAAGACAACGAAGUGGUGCAUUCACAUCUCCGCGAGACCAAGAUACUUCCAAAAAGUUCUCAAUGGGUUAUCGGGAUGAUUGCGACAAGUGCAGGAAUCGUGUGCCUGGCCAUAUGAACCAUUUCUUGAGGUAG